GGCCCGGGCGUCGCGCGCUUGCGCACUGAGUCCCGUGCAGGACGCGCUUCCCCCCGCUGCCCCUCAGCCUUCUCCCGGGGUCCCCGCUGCUGGGAAGCCUUCUCGUCCUGCACUCCGUGGCCCGGAGGACGUCCACGGGUGUGGGCAUGCCGGAGAUCAGCCUCCGCCACGUCGUGUCCUGCAGCAGCCAGGACUCGACCCACUGUGCAGAAAACCUUCUCAAGGCCGACACUUACCGGAAGUGGCGGGCAGCCAAGGCAGGCGAAAAGACCAUCUCCGUGGUCCUACAGUUGGAGAAGGAGGAGCAGAUACACAGCAUAGACAUUGGGAAUGACGGCGCGGCCUUUGUAGAGGUGCUGGUGGGCAGCUCGGCCGGAGGGGCCGCAGCCGGUGAGCAGGACUACGAGGUCCUUCUGGUCACCUCGUCCUUCAUGUCCCCUUCUGAGAGCCGAAGUGGCUCAAACCCCAACCGCGUGCGCAUGUUUGGACCCGACAAGUUAGUCCGGGCAGCAGCGGAGAAGCGCUGGGAUCGUGUGAAAAUCGUGUGCAGCCAGCCAUACAGCAAGGACUCACCCUAUGGCCUGAGUUUUGUGAGGUUUCACAGCCCUCCAGACAAAGAUGAGGUGGAGACUCCGUCCCAGAAGGUGACAGUGACCAAGCUCGGCCAGUUCCGUGUGAAAGAGGAGGAUGAUGGCGCCAGCUCCCUAAGGCCAGGGGCUCUGUUCUUCAAUCGCAUCAACAAGACGUCUUCCGCCUCUGCUAGUGACCCAGCAGGACCCAGCUACGCAGCAGCUACGCUGCAGGCCUCAAGUGCAGCGUCCUCGGCCUCUCCGGUCUCCAAGCCUUCGGGUAGCUCCUCCAAGCCUCAGGACUCUCCCAAAAGGAAGAGGAAAGUGGACUUGAGUCUAGAAGACAGGAGGUCUCCCAGCAAACCUCCAGCAGGGCCAUCCGCCCUCAAGAAGCCCAAACUGCCUGUUCCUAGCCGCGUCCCAGCUGCAGCCCCAGCCUCUACCCCAGCACAGAAGGCCAUCCCAGGGAAGCCCCGGGGAGAAGGCCCCCAGGAGCCGGGGAAGAUUCUGCAGGGUGUGGUGGUGGUGCUCAGUGGCUUCCAGAACCCCUUCCGCUCAGAGCUUCGGGACAAAGCCCUGGAGCUGGGGGCCAAAUACCGACCCGACUGGACCCCAGACAGCACACACCUCAUCUGUGCCUUUGCCAACACCCCCAAGUACAGUCAGGUCCUGGGCCUCGGAGGCCGCAUUGUGCGGAAAGAGUGGGUGCUGGACUGCGCACGCAUGCGUCGCCGGCUGCCCUCCCGGAGGUACCUCAUGGCAGGGCCAGGCUCCAGCAGUGAAGACGAAGAGGACGGGGAGAGUGGUGAAGAGGAAGCGCCCAAGCUUCCCCGGAAGCGGCCGCAGGCCAAAGCCAAGACCCACGCAGCAGGACCCAGCUUGCCCCAGAGACCACCCACUCCAAAAGAGACCAAAGCCCCCUCACCGGGACCCCAGGACAGCAGCGACACUGAGGGGCAGCAGUCAGAAGGACAAGACAAUGGGGCGGAAGAUUCCGGAGACACUGAGGAUGAGCUGAGGAGGGUAGCCAAGCAGGGGGAGCAGCAGCAGCCCCCGGCUCCAGGGGAGAACGGCGAGGAUCCGUAUGCAGGCUCCACAGACGAGAACACAGACAACGAGGCUUCCACAGACGCUGACCUGCCAAUCCCAGAGCUCCCAGACUUCUUCCAGGGCAAACACUUCUUCCUGUACGGGGAGUUCCCUGGGGACGAGAGGAGGAAACUCAUCCGAUACGUGACCGCUUUCAAUGGAGAACUUGAGGACUACAUGAGCGAGAGGGUCCAGUUCGUUAUCACAGCCCAGGAGUGGGACCCCAUGUUUGAGGAGGCCCUAAUGGACAACCCUUCCCUGGCAUUCGUCCGGCCACGGUGGAUCUACAGUUGUAACGAGAAGCAGAAGUUACUGCCCCACCAGCUCUACGGGGUGGUGCCCCAGGCCUGAGUGCACGCACCUGUGCGCAUGCUCACACCUGUGCACAGGGGCACACGGGCUUGGGUGACAUGCGUGCGCACACACGAGAAAUAAAGGAGGCUUUGUUAGGA